UGGGGUUGCAACUACAACUCUAUUGCAUUCGAUAUCUCGAACUUUGAUCUCGAAGGAUCGUUUGACAAUGUCGAUGGGCGCGGCGGUCACGUCACCUGACUUGGUCUGCGGGCGCUGUCUUCUUUCAGCGGAGUUCGCGUGGCAGUGUGUAGGGAUAUGGAGGUAGUUGGAGGAUUCUGGGCCGCCGACACGGGCAGUGCCGACGAUGAUGACAAUGUUGUAGUCGAGUUGAGGAUGACGCCGAGGGCAUGGAUCAUGCAAUCACCGACGUCGACGGCACCACGCCGAGCAAGACGCGAUCCUCGAUGUACGUGGAGACCAGGAAGGUGUUCGAGGAGCGCUAAGCUAGCGUGCAUGUGGGCCGUCAGUCCCUUCUUGGCAACGUGGUCGCAGUCGUGCACAUCACUUGAACGUUUGCGCUUGGCGGGCUUGGAACACACGAUUGAGAACGACGGCGGCGACGACUGCGCUGGUGGACUGGACCGUGCUCUCACCGACGACAUCCCGCUAGCCAAGACUUCGAUAAUGGAAGGCUCCCUCCCGAGGAGGCAGAGGGCGUCCGUUGGGUAGGGUGUGCCGGGCCCGAUCG